CACGCCCUGACCACCCUCUCGAUGCCACGGUCACUAAGCGGCACAACAACAUUGGCUGUCGCGCAUUCCUGCCAAGUCACGCAGUUGGUCACUCGCGCAAUUGUUUCGUCCACGAUCCACGGAGGCCUUGCUGUCCGGAAAACUGUCUAUGUGAGUGAGCUCAAGCAUCAUCGUCAAUACGUAAUCCGAGAAUCACCGGAGUCGGUCAAGUUCCUUGUUGUGACUGUCAUAUCUGGCGAUAUAAAUACAGUCCCGGUGAGCAAGAAAAAUCCCACGCGUCUUCUCAUCCGUCGAGCAUCUUUCGCUAUCCUACGUACCACAGCAUCCUCUUUCUCUGUCUGUCUGUGUCUCUAGAAAAACACACGACUAGUCGCGAAUAAGACAUGAAGUCCAACCUAAGCGCAGCCAUGGCGCUGGCCAUAUUCACUACCCUGACUAUAGCAGCGACCCUCGAGCCCGAGUCGCAACCGGACCAUGCGCUCGACAAACGAGCAUAUUUCCAAGACAGCUACAAGAUCUUCCACCGCAAACGCAAUGCGCACGCCUGCAUCAUGUCCAUUGUCUUCAUCGUCCUGUUCCCGCUCGGCGCCAUAUCCCAGCACCUCCCACUCAAGGGCGUCCGUGUGACCAGUCGCAUCCACGCGCCCAUCCAGAUCCUGGGUCUAGCCAUGAUGAUCGGUGCCAUGGGUCUGGGCAUCGACAUCGCCAAAAACGACCUCAACUAUUUCAGCCAUGGCCAAAUCAAGGCGCACGUCGUCAUCGGCCUGCUCGUGACGUCCACCAUCAUCGCCAUCCAGCCGGCAAUGGGCCUGCUUCAGCAUGGCCACUUCAAGAAGACGGGAGGCAAGAGCGCGUUUGCAUACGUUCAUCGAUGGACCGGACGUGUCAUGAUUUGUCUCGGCUGGAUCAAUUCAGGUCUGGGAUUCCAGCUCGUCGGUAUUGGGCAGGUAGUAAAAGCGCACUCGCUCGUGCGCAAUUUUGUCAUCAUGGGCGUCCUCGGCGGGAUCUGGUUUCUGCUGAUGGGCACCGAUGCUCUUCGCAGUCACUUUUUGCACAAGAAUCGGCUUUCUUCGUAUCGAAUCCAAUGGAACAGGGGCUUGAGGUUGCGUCGGGAUGGGGUGGCAGAUGGUCCUGUCGGGCAUUCGAAGGAGGAGCGGAUUACUCAGAGCAUUUGAGGAACUUUCGUAGGAGCAGGGACAACAGUCAUGGCCCAAACGGUGUCUGGAGUUCAAUCCCCCAUAUAUCAUCGUAUUGACCUCACGUACUUUCGGUGAGACCUCAAUGCCUCCAAGCACCAUGCAACAUUGAGCUGAUUUGUGAUCCCCUCCAAGAACGAAAAGGUCGAGCUGCAGCCAGUGCUACGGUCGUGAAUGUUCUGUCGUGCUUUGGUCCAUUUCUUUGAUUGAGCCGACACGAAUUAAUUUCCCUCUGCCCGAGGGAAAGGUGAAUCCCAUACUCCGUACCAGGUAGGCAAGAG